CGCUCAUUACGUGUUUGACUCUGCUGGUGUACGUUUCGUUUUUACACGUUCAGGCGCGCGUCAACAGCGGUUCGAUUCGCUUCGUUCAUUCGUCAGUUAAUUAACCAAUGCAUAUGAAAAUUUCGUGCGGCUUCGCAUUUUCAACGCGUUUAUUUGUGUGAAACUCAAUUAAAAGUUGAGAAAAGUUUUUUCUGUGCACUUUAUGGAGAAUAUGUUGCAUGUGAAAUGCGAAAAAAUUGCGUUUUAAGAAAAAUAUAUGAGAAGUGAUAUUUGAAGCACUUGUUUAUAGUGCUGAAGGCUUGGUAGACAAAGAUUUAGAGUUUGGUAUCCCAGCAAUGAAAGUGGAAAACUUAAUUUCAGUGGCUGCUGGGAAUGUUUGAAGAAAUUUUAAAACAAAUACUAUAAAUAAAAUAAAAAAGUAAGCAACAUUACAACAAAUACUUAACAUGUAUAACAUGCAUUUUCUAUUGCUGAUUCAUCAAUGAAUUCGUUGAGUACUGCGGUAAACAGCUGACAAAAUAGUCGUUUCAGUGAAAAAAUCAAACCUUUUGAAAACUAACGUUACAACUGUGGCAUUUAGCAGUGAUGACAAACCACUCAAGGCACAAAUAAAAUAAAAAAGUGAUUUUGUCUUUAAAAAUACCAACAAAAUAAUAAUAACAAUUGCCAACAAGUCUGGAUAUAUUCAGCAAUAUACACUACGUGGGGUGAAAAAAUUUUAAAAAUUAAAAAAAAUUAUAAAAAAUAAUGAAAUUUUUUUAUAAAAACAAAUAAUGAAAAAAUGUGUUAGCAAAUUUUAAAAUCGCAAAAGUGUGUUAGUUAAAACUACAAAAACAACACUGAAAUAAUUUUUGAAAGUUUAACUAAAAGUGUUUUUCAAAUUGGGCGUUUCUUCAAUAAAAAAUAAAUUUUAUUAACAAAAGUGCACACAAAGUUUAGUGUUUACUAAAGGUGCAGUGUGAUUAAAGCUGCUAACAGUUAUCAGCAAAACGCUUAGCGCUUUCUUUUCUUCUGUAACACCCAUCAACUAAAUACAAGUUACAAAUAUUGUGUCAAGUGAAAAUUUUUACAAAGGAUAUUUUACACGAUGGAGUACGCGGCACACACAUAAAAUUCGAUAUGCUUCCUGUCUACGGAUAGCCUAGCAUUAAGUGUCAUACUUCCUUCUUGCAUACCAUAAUGUGGCGGUGAAGUUAAACUGAUUUUUACAAGCAUUCAAAAAUAAUAAAUCGAUACGAAAUUCGUGCGCAUCAAUCACAUAACAGACGUUAAGUCACGCAAACGCUUUCGCAGCGACAUCGGCAUCGACAGUGACAAUAACAAUAACAACUGUCUUUCCAUUUCUACGCUACGACGCUAGACUACCACCGACACAUCACAUCAGUCAUGGCGUACGCAUUUACUGCAACCACAACAACUACCAGCCGAGCAGCAGCACACUCACCUGUGGCGCCUGGCACGACGCGUAUGGCGUCACUCAAACCGCUGCGUAGCUUACAGCAAUUGCUGCUGCCAUUCAAAAUCAUCGCCAUCAUCAGCAUCGUGUCGUCAGCGUCGCCGCUGUCGUUGAUCAGCGUGACGCAGGCUAAACACCUGUCAGCGGAUGUUGGUGUUGGUAGCGCUGUAGCGGCGCUUGACGAUGCCGCUUAUGCUGCCUCUGUGCCGUCGGUCGCCUCCUCCUCAUCCUAUUAUGGCGCUUAUCAGUUUCAACGUUUCGCAAUGGAACCGCAAGAUCAAACGGCUGUGGUGGGUGCACGUGUAACGCUACCGUGUCGCGUCAUCAACAAACAGGGUGUGCUGCAAUGGACCAAAGAUGAUUUCGGUUUGGGUACAUCACGUGAUUUGGGCGGUUUUGAGCGUUACUCAAUGAUUGGUAGCGAUGAGGAGGGCGACUAUUCAUUGGAUAUUUAUCCGGUGAUGUUGGACGACGAUGCACGUUAUCAGUGUCAAGUGAGUCCGGGACCAGAGGGUCAGCCGGCUAUACGGUCGACUUUUGCCACGAUAACAGUGUUGGUGCCACCCGAAGCGCCCAAAAUUACGCAAGGUGAAGUGAUAUAUACGACCGAGGAUCGUAAGGUGGACAUUGAGUGCGUGUCGGUGGGUGGCAAACCGGCUUCAGAGAUAACGUGGAUUGAUGGACUCGGCAAUGUUAUAACGAGCGACAUUGACUACACCACGCUGCAGAUGCCGGAUGAGCGCCGCUUCACCGCCCAAUCGACGUUGCGGUUGACACCGAAAAAGGAGCAUCACAAUACGACAUUCACUUGUCAGGCGCAAAAUACAGCGGAUCGCACAUAUCGCUCGGCGCGUAUACGUGUAGAGGUAAAAUACGCACCGAAAGUUAAAGUGAACAUAAUUGGCGGUGCGUUGGAGGAUGGACGUAUACCGGAGUUUGCACAGGUGCGAUUAGAGUGCAAAGCGGAUGCCAAUCCCAGUGAUCUGCGCUAUCGCUGGUUCAUCAACGAUGAACCAAUUGUUGGUGGACAAAAAACCGAGAUGGUUAUUCGAAAUGUCACGCGAAAAUUUCAUGAUGCCAUUGUCAAGUGCGAAGUGCAAAACUCAGUGGGCAAGAGUGAAGAUAGCGAGACGCUGGAUAUCAGUUAUGCGCCCAGCUUUCGUCAGCGUCCGCAAUCAAUCGAAGCCGACAUUGGCACUUUGGUGUCUUUGGGCUGUGAAGUGGACGGCAAUCCAACGCCAGAUAUUGUAUGGAUACAGCAUCCAAGCGAUAGGGUUGUUGGCAUCAAUUCCAAUCUCACCUUUACCGUUAGCAAUGAAACAGCUGGCCGCUACUAUUGCAAAGCCAAUGUGCCCGGCUACAAAGAAAUCAGCACCGAUGCGUAUGUUUACCUGAAAGGUUCGCCCACCAUUUACUCGCCACCAUAUCAAUUCGGUUGGGUGGGUGAUACGGCGCGCCUUGAAUGUUCCGCAACAUCGGUGCCACGUGCGCGUCACGUCUCGUGGACAUUUAAUGGACAUGAAAUUAGCGCUGAAUACGGACACGACUACUCGAUACUGGUGGAUCCGGUGCCGGGUGGCGUUAAAUCGACGCUGAUCAUUCGUGACAGUCAGGCGUAUCAUUAUGGCAAAUACAAUUGCACAGUGGUGAACGAUUAUGGCAACGAUGUGUUGGAAAUCAAUUUGCAGGCACAAAAAACCAUCUCGCCCAUGAUGAUCAUCAUUGGUGGCACCUCCGUCGUCGGCUGUGCUAUGAUACUCAUCAUUAUCAUCAUAAUCUAUUUCAAGUGUAAGAAGCGCACCAAACUGCCACCGGCCGAUGUGAUAAGUGAGCAUCAGAUAAGCAAGAAUGGCGGUGUUGCUUGUAAAAUGGAAGCCGGCGAUCGCACCUCAAAUUACAGUGAUCUGAAAGUGGACAUAUCCGGCGGCUAUGUACCCUAUGGCGACUACUCAACACAUUAUAGCCCGCCACCACAAUAUCUCACCACCUGCUCCACCAAAUCGAAUGGCAGUUCGACAAUAUUACAAAAUAAUCAUCAUAAUCACUUGCAACAACAACAUAUGCAACAAACACUACAACAUCAUCAACAAACACCACCGCCACAAACUGUGCCAAUGACCUUCCUCUCGAACGGCAGUGCGAGCGGCAGCCUGACGAGUAGUAUUGUCGGUUCGCGCGAAAUACGCCAAGACAAUGGUCUGCCGAGUUUGCAAUCUACCACAGCGUCUGUGGUGAGCUCCUCGCCGAAUGGCAGCUGUAGUAAUCAGAGCACCGCGACGCAUGUCAUUUCCAGUUCGGUGGCGAUGAGUGUGGAUCCACGUUAUAGCGCCAUUUACGGUAAUCCUUAUUUGAGAUCGUCAAAUUCAUCGUUGUUGCCACCACCAACAGCGGUUUAGAGCGUCUAUCUAAGCGCCUUAGAAAGUCAAUAUAAGUUGUGUGUAGGUACAUACUAUAUAUGAAGUGAGCAUAAUAUUUCAUAUGGUAAAUAGUCCCGUUAAAAAAGAAAGACUGAUCUCAAAAUCAUUAAAAAUCGUUAGAAUGGCUAGCAAUGUGGGCAUAGGGUAAGUAAGUGUUAUGUUUCUAUAUAGUCUAAGCUGUUGUCAUAAUUUAGUUUGUUUUAGAAAUUCUUUACAAUCUGUGAGACUUCAAAGUCAAAAAUUUCAGAGUUCUCGUGUUAUACUAUUUUAUUUCGCAUUUAUUUAUUAUUUCAGAAAUGCCUAUGUUGUGUUUUAAACGUCUGCUUUUGAAAGGUGAAUUUCACAUGUUGCACUUGGCAAAUUUCGCACACAAUUUCACAAAUAAAAGCAUCUUAUGACAGCUAUGCCUUUUCACAAAUAUAGUAUAUACUCACAUAACUCCAUCCAGAUUAAAAUAUUUGCAACUGAAUUUCUCUGCUGACAUUAGCAGUGGUUGCUAAGCUUACAAUUUCAUUGCGUGUAGCAUAAAUUGUGAAUGUGCGAUGGAGAGAGUAUUUAUAUAAUUUACUGAGGAAAUGAAAAAUGUGAGAAAAAGUGUGCAAAACGGAAUGUGUUUUCAAGUUUAAAGUAAAGGUUGCGAAAAUUACCGUAAGUAGCUCAGAAAGACCUGAUGUGUAAUAUUUUGUGGCAAAGAAAGGUCAUAGGUAGGCUUUUACUCCAACAAAGCGAAAACUUUUCCGCUUACGAAAGCAGUUAGAAAAGUACCGUGAAAGUAAUAACGCAAGUUUUUGCAAUGUUGGCAACUGUUAUGAGCGCUGUGCUCUUAAUUUUUUUCCAUGAGACUUAAAAAAAUGUUUCAAGGGGAGGACAUGUAACUUUUUAUAUAAAUUAACGGCGAUAUUCUCGUUUAGAAGUUUGAAUUUUAAGUAAUUUUGCCAAAUUAAUUUUCAUAAAAUCUUGCGUUCUUUAAGUAAAGUCCGCGUCCUCGUCGUUUAGAUUGCUACUCAUGUGGUCAACAGAAAAUUAAAACAAUGACAAUGAAAACAUUCAAAGAAUAUUGAUAAUAAGUUAAAAAAAUCAACUGAUUAAAAGCUGAGCUAUCAGAGCGAGAGCACCAAAAACAUAGUUUUGAGAAAAACGCGUUCAAAGCUAAAGUUAAGGCUAAUCCGGCCGAGUUGCCACGACACCAAAACUAUAACUUUGAAAAAGUCUUAAACGAAAUUAUUUUUGAAUAUAUGAAUGGUCAAAAUAUCGACUUUUUUUAAUUUAUGUGCUAGAAUAUAUCAUUAAGGAAUACGUCAGUGAGCGUAUGAGAAUUGAGAUGUCAAGCCGAAUAAGUUUUUGAGCACUCCUACCAGUUACAUGAAUUGCUUGAUGUUUCUCACGAUAACUGCACAUGCAUGCUAAUAGGUAACAGGCCAAUUGAAAAGUCCUCGACCUCGAAUUUUUGCAAAAUUGUUUAUUUAUUUUUUUACUCAACAUAGUUCCCUUCAAGGGCGAUGCACUAAUUAUAGCAACCCUCCAACUUUUCGAUAUCAUUUUUUGGUACUACGUUUUGCUCUUUGCUUCAAAAAUAGGCUUCAGUUUCAUCGAUCACCUCUACAUUCGUGGAAACAUUUCGUCCCAGCAAGCAUUAUUUAUAAAAAAAGGUAAUUUAUUGUAUGAUACGGCCUUCUACGUUGAGUUGAACUUGAUUGGCCUGAUUGUACAUAGCGGCUAACCUUUAAAUAGCUCAAAAACAAUUUGUGAUAUAUAUUUGAAAUAUUAGUUUGUACUUUUAAAGGUAUAUACUAUCGAAAUAUGAAAAUCGAAAUCGAAAAUCGAUUUUUUCAAAAUAUCAGAAAAAAAUCGAAAAUAGAUUUUUUCAAAAUUUCAGAAAAAAUUCGAGAAUAGAUUUUUUCAAAAAUUCAGAAAAAAUUCGAAUAUUAGAUUUUUCAAAAUUUCAGAUAUAAUUUAAUUUUUUUUUUUAAUUUCACAACCUUAAAAUCAUUUAAAUUUCUGGCUACCGAAAUAAAUUGAAAAUUAUACAAAUAAUAUGAACAAAUUUUUUAAAUAUGUACCUAUUAGAGCAGUUUAGCGCUUAUGAGACAACCAAGCAAUCCAUUGAGAUCCACUGAGAGGUACUAACAACCACAGCAAUAACAUAUGUAUAAUACAUGCUUUUCUAAUUUGGAUCGCUGACGGACAGACAUGCUUCAUUCACGCAAGUGAACAAGCCACUUAUAACACAUACAUAAAUAUGUACAUAUCGUCACCUAAAAAGCAAAACAACGCAAUAAAAAAAAAUCGAAAUUGAGUUUUUUAUUGCUUACGAAUCACUACAUUACAUUACAUAUACUUACGUAUGCAGCACAAAAUGUUCUGCUUCCGCUGACAGAUAUAACCAAUAUGUAACCAUUUUAUAACCAAAACUCAAUUUUUUUCAAUAUUAGUGGUUUAUAUUAUAUCGGGUUUCCUUCAUCUGUAAACUUAUGAAAAGCGCUGUUACGUUAUUUUGCAUUUUAAGUGACGAUAUACAUAUGUACAUUUACAUAGGUACAAACUAAUAUGUACGCAGCUCGCUGCUGAAGCCUUUACAAUUAUUAUUACUUUCUUUCAUAUUUGUUCACAAGAAAAUUCAAGUGGAAAAAUCCAAAUAUCUUUAUAUUUUGCGCUCUUUCGACAAAAUAUGUUAUGAAAUUUUGAUGCUUUUCAGCUUGGAUGACUGCAUUUUGCAGGUAAAUGAAUAUGAAAUUAAUAUCCUUUUAACCCGAGAACUUUGAAAUAUUUACAAUAAAAAAAGAGCAAGUAAACAGACUGCUACUCAUGAGUAAAUAGCGAUUUUGUAAUAUUUAAAAAAUUCGAAAUGAACUAAAUACUGCAACAGCUUAGUUGUGUAGGCACAAGUAAGCGAAACACAUACACACGUGCAUAUGUGUGCAUUUAGAUUAGAUGAUUAAUAUUUAUUGAAAUUCGUAAAAUACCAAACCAAAAAGUCCACAAGACCAACGCUAAAAUAUACAUAUACAUAUGUACAUACAAACAUGCAUGCCUACAUGGAGACAUUACUAUGGAAGCAUUUAGAUAAAUAAAAAAUUAAAAAAAAAAAAUUACGGAAAAAAUUUCAAGUAUUUCCUUUACUUUAUAAAAACAAGCACGAAAGGCUAAUACACUCAGUAGCAACGUACAUAUGUAUGCAUGUUUGUACUAAGCAUAACCAGCAAAACAAAAAAAAAACAAAAAAAUAAAAAAAAAACAAAAGCCUACCAUAAACCUAGUACUGAAUAUUGUUAUUUAAUACAAAAACAAACAGCUGGUAGCGAGCGUCCUAAUAAAUAUUUCUAAAACUACGUACAUACAAACAUUGAGCAUACCUAAAAGCCUGCAAAACAGCAUUUAUUAAAACAGUGGUUAGGAAAUUGCAAAAUAAAGCAAAUACAAAUAUUAAUCGUUGAAAUAGAAAAGCAUCCAAAUAUCCAUAUAUACACACACCUGUAAUAUGUGCUACUUCAAAUUGUCCAAAUUUUUGCUGAUAACUACAAAAGUACUCUUCACUCAUAGCAUAAGGCAGAAUAUUUAUAGGAAAUUAAAAAAAUAUAAUAAUAAAUAAAAAAA